AAGAUUUCUCUUCCCAUUUCUAUGUCACUUUAAUUUCUCCAGUUUUUCUUGCAUUCUCUCUACUUCAACUCUAUUACAAAAAUGGUUGGAUUGAAGAAACGAAAACCAGAGUGGUUGAGCAGUUUGCUGCACAGCAAAUUCUUCGAUUCGUGUAUUGAUCAUCGAGAGCUGAGGAAGAAUAUGUUCUGUAUCGAUUGUAAUCUUUGCUUCUGCAAGAACUGUGUAACUUCUUCGACUCACUCCAACCUUCAUCGCUGCCUUCAAAUCUGCAAAUACGUCUAUCACGAUGUUGUUCGCCUCCAAGAUAUUCAGAAAUAUCUCGAUUCUUCUCAAAUUCAGACGUAUAAAAUUAAUGGUGAAAAAGCAGUACACUUGAAUCCUCGCCCACAAUUCAAAAGAUUUGCAAAGUCUUCAAAGCCGAAAGCUGGGGCAUCGUGUGAAGAAUGUGGGAGGCACAUACAAGACUUUCCCAAUCGCUUUUGCUCCAUUGCCUGCAAAGUGUCGUCAGAUACGAUAAAUGAACGGCAAAGUCAGGAGAUUUUCACCAAAUUUGACGAGCUUUCUAGUGAAAAUGAUACUUCGGAAGUAAUUCAAGAAUGGGUUAGUACUUCAUUAUUUACACGGAAGAAGCUAUUGAAUAAAAGAAAGGGAAUCCCUAUUAGAGCUCCUUUACGUUAAAUAAAUGUCGAAAUGAUACUAAAAUUUCAACACUUUUUUUUUUUUUUGAA